CUCUCUCUCUAUAAUACAAAACCUAGGCGAUUUUUUUUUCUUUGACUGUUUGAUCAGUGUAGUGAAACCCUAGUGUUUUUUUUUUUUGUGAUCCGUGAAGUAUGGCAUCUGGAUCGUCUGGCAGGCCGAGUAAUUCUUCGGGUUCGAAGGGUUUUGAUUUUGGGUCUGAUGAUAUUCUCUGUUCUUAUGAAGAUUAUCCACAUCAAGAUGCCUCUAAUGGAACCCACUCUGAUCCUGCGAUUGCUACCAAUUCUGCUAAGGAGUUCCACAAAAACAGAAUGACGAGGUCAUCAAUGUUUCCCACUUCGACGUAUAGCCCUCCAGAGGAAUCUUCCUUCAAUCAAGACAUGAUAUGUACUGUUGAGAAGACCAUGAAAAAAUAUACGGACAAUCUCAUGAGAUUUCUAGAGGGUAUCAGUUCACGCUUGUCGCAGCUGGAACUGUACUGUUACAACCUUGACAAGUCCAUUGGGGAAAUGCGGUCUGAUUUAGUUCGAGAUCAUGGCGAGGCAGAUUUGAAACUGAAGGCUCUUGAGAAGCAUGUUCAAGAGGUCCACAGAUCUGUACAGAUUCUGAGAGAUAAGCAAGAACUUGCUGAAACUCAGAAGGAGCUGGCUAAGCUUCAGUUUGCGCAGAAAGAACCAGCUUCAGCGAACAAUUCUCAGCAGAAUGAGGACAGAAAUGCUCAACCCGUGUCUGAUUCCAAUAAAGGUGACAACUCAACUGAUGUGAAUGGACAAGAACUGGCACUUGCUCUACCCCAUCAAGUAGCACCCCGAGCUCCUCUUACUAACCAACCCGUCGAGCAGCCACAACAGGCACCUCCACAACCAAUUCCAUCUCAAAGUAUGACGCAGUCACAAGGUUACUAUUUACCCCCAGUGCAGAUGUCAAAUCCACCAGCUCCAACUCACUUGUCCCAAGGUCAAUAUCUUUCAUCUGACCCCCAGUAUCGAACUUCUCAAAUGCAAGAUCUUUCUAGGUUACCACCCCAGCCAGCAGCACCUCCGGGGAAUCAGACCCCACAAAUCCAGUCAAUGCCCCAAUAUCAGCAGCAGCAAUGGACGCAACAGGUACCGCAGCAGAUUCAAGCAUCCCAACAGGUUCAACAGCAUCAGCUUCCAACUGUGCAACAGCAAGGUAGACCCUCAUCACCUGCUGUUUAUCCCUCUUAUCCACCCAAUCAACCGAAUCCUUCUCCUGAACCGGUCCCCAAUAGCAUGCCAAUGCAAAUGUCAUAUUCUGCGAUCCCUCAAUCAGUUGCAUGCCGUCCAGAAGCAAUACCCUAUGGGUAUGACAGGUCUGGUAGGCCACUUCAGUCACAGCCUCCAACCCAGCAUCUCAAGCCUUCGUUUGGUGCUCCAGGGGAUGGGUAUGCAACUAGUGGGCCUCAUCCAUCUCUUUCUGCAGGAAAUGCAUAUUUGAUGUACGACGGUGAAGGCCCAAGGGGACAUCCAUCACAACCACCAAAUUUCCCACAAAGUGGUUAUCCUCCCUCCAGCUUCCCUCCCCAGAACGCACAGUCCUCCCCAAGCCCCAAUCAUAUGGUUCGUCCACCUCAAUUGAUGCGCACUCAUCCUUACAAUGAAUUAAUUGAGAAGCUGGCAAGCAUGGGCUACAGGGGUGAUCAUGUGGUUAAUGUUAUCCAAAGGCUCGAGGAGAGUGGUCAGACAGUUGAUUUCAAUACUGUGCUCGAUAGGCUGAAUGGACAUUCUUCAGGUGGUCCUCAAAGAGGAUGGUCGGGUUAGGUCAUUAUCCCAAACCUUUCUAAUCAUGUUUUCAUGUAGGGUCAUGGGAAAUUUGAAAAUAGUGUAAGUGCAAUUUGACUCGAAUACUAUCUAUUUGCUGAAUAAGGGUCAUAUAAUUAGGCAGUUGACGAUGAUGUAUACAGCACUAUCAUGCUGUGUAUUGUAGAUUUGCCAUGUCUUACUUCUGAAGUUUUAUUUGUUGUAAGGCAAAAUGUUUUCAACAUUGUAACGUAGGAGAAUUGAUGAAUACCUCUUUUUUAAGAUUUAACAUCUUCUC